GGUGUUACGCGUCCGGAUAACGCAGUAGCAUCAGAGGGAUUUGUAGAUUCAGCGAACCACCAUGCUGAGUUAUCGAGAUUGUUGGUACCAUCUUGGUAUAACAUUACUCAUAGCCUUCUUCAUUCCUGAUCAAGGCUUGGCUGUUAUCAACCUGCAGGACAAACACGUCAGUCAAAGCAGUAAUUAUAACGAUGCGUACCCUUCCAAAGCCGUGGAUGGUGACAUUUACUCAAUAUCACACACGCAGUGUAGCGGAUACCAGUGGUGGAGAGUUGAUCUUGUAACUACCUACUGCGUGGAAAGGAUCACCAUUGUCAAUAGACUCGACGGAUACGGCGAUCGAUUAGCCGGAGCCGUAGUGAGAGCUGGGGUGAAUUCAGUUCACUCACAGAACCAACAGAUCGGAUCGGCGGUCAGCUCCAGUCAAGCCUCUCCUGACGGACAGACGAUUCAUUUCGUGGCCAAUCCCAGCGUUAGGGCUCGGUACGUCAGUGUGGAGCUUUCGAACAAUUGCUUACAACUGGCUGAGCUAAGGAUUGAGGAAGAAGCCCCAGAUCCAGUCAGCUCACUGCAAAUUUCCCAACCCGUCGGUACCUCUCACAAUCAACUUGUAGUCACAUGGACUGAGCCAGCCAACCACUGUCCAGUUGAUGCCUACAUCAUCAGAUAUACACUGACUAGGAUAAAAGCAUGUAGCACGAACAUCUCCAAUCCUGUUACCGUCUCCCAAACUGUUGCAAGCAGUGUCACUUCUGAGACCCUGGACAACUUGAAACCCUACUCUGAGUACUCGGUGUCCGUGGUUGCUGGCAAUUCAGCGGGGUAUUCAAUUGCACUGGAGGCCUAUGGAGAAACCAGUGCAAUAGAGCCAAGCUUUCUACCAACAGUGACUGUGCUGGAGACUACAUCCACUACAUUACGUUACUCCUGGAAUGAAAUCCCGUGUGAUGAGGUGAACGGCCCAUCAUCAUCCUAUCAAUAUCGCGUGUCAGUGACUGACAUCUCCAUUCGUGGAUCCCAGUCUCACCCUACUCAUUACCGCGCAACAAGAACUGCGGGGUGGCUUAAACCCUGUAGACCAUACAGUAUAAAGAUGGCUGCUAUCAAUGACAUUGGCCUUGGACCUUACGGCAGUGCUCAAGAGGUGACAACCCCGAGCGGUGUUGUUUUGGGUCUGUCUGCUAAUGCUGUGAAUGGCUACCCAACAAUGCUGCAAGUAAGUUGGAAUCGACCGUCUGCCAACUGUAUCAUAACCGACUACACUCUGAGCUACAGUUUGACUCGGAUGGUGAAUUGUGAAACCGAGGUCAGCAAUCGAAUAGUUGCUGGGACAACGGCAGACACUGAGUACAGUAUUACGGGCCUUUCACCGUACUCUAAUUACACCAUUUAUGUAGCAGCCAGGACAUCAGCUGGAGAGGGAGAUGAAUUGUUUGUUCAUGGAAUCACAGCAGAAGCAGUGCCCACAGAACCUCCAAGUGAUGUUAUCAACACAUCAAGGCAGAAACAAGGACUGAGGUUCGAGUGGCAGCCACCACCCUGCCUGGGUCGCCGGGGUGUCAUCACAGGAUACGGGUACCGACUACUGGAUCUAGAAAGAGGAGGGGCAGAUAUUACUGAAAACACCCCUUCGUAUGAGAGGCAAGCUGAAAUCAGCGGACUGGUACCCUGCACACUGUACUCAUUCCAAGUCCUAGCACGUACUGCAGCUGGUGAUGGUCCAUAUAGUGAGGCGAUAAGGCUACGCACAGGCCUAGGAAGUGAGUAA